AUGUCGACGCGAUCUGUGGUUUCUAUUUCCAUGGUUUUUAUGCUCAUGGAAUGUGUUGUGGCGGUGAUGUAUUCGUCGAGGCUGAUUCAUAGGUUCUCGGACGAAGUGAGGGCGCGAAGGGUUACUUGGAGGAAUGGAGAGGUGAAUAGCUUGUGGCCGGAAAGGAAAAGCUUGGAGUACUGUCGGAUGCUUGCAAGUAGUGAUUUGCAGAGGCAGAAGAUGAAGCUUGGUCCUCAGUACCAGUUCCUCUUUCCGUCUGAGGGAGGCAAAACGAUGUCGUUUGGAAAUGAUUUCGGAUGGUUACAUUACACCUGGAUUGAUAUAGGGACACCAAAUGUUUCUUUUCGUGUUGCACUGGAUGCCGGAAGUGAUCUACUUUGGGUUCCAUGUGAUUGUAUGCAAUGUGCUCCGCUAUCUGCCGGUUACUAUAGUAGCCUGGUAUGCCAAUCUUUUCUAGUUUGA